AUGGUCAACGUUUUCGCCGUACCCAUCUUUUUCAUCUGCUUUAGAGAGUGUCUGGAGACGAGUAUUAUUGUCUCAGUGCUCCUGGCCUUCUUGAAGCAGACUUUGGGACCUGAGCAGGACAAAACAACAUAUAAAAGAUUGGUGAAACAGGUAUGGUGGGGCACAGCGCUCGGUCUGAUCAUUUGUCUUUGCAUUGGCGCCGGAAUGAUUGGUGCCUUUUACGGCUUCGGCAAGGACCAUUUUGCCAACACCGAGGACAUCUGGGAGGGCACUUUCGGAAUCAUUGCCUCCCUGAUCAUCUCGGCCAUGGGUGCCGCUUUGUUGCGAGUGUCCAAGUUGCAAGAUAAGUGGCGUGUCAAGCUUGCAAAGGCGCUCGAGUCCAAGGAGGUCAAGAAAGCUGGUUCUGGUCACCGUAUCAAGAGAUGGGCUGCUCUUAAGAGAUGGGCCGAAAAGUAUGCCAUGUUUAUGUUGCCAUUCGUGACUGUGUUGCGUGAGGGGCUCGAAGCUAUUGUUUUCAUUGGUGGUGUUGGCUUGGGCCUUCCUGCUACGGCUUUCCCCAUUCCCGUGAUCACUGGUCUCAUGGCGGGCGCCGCCGUCGGUUACCUCAUCUAUAAAGGCGGAAACUUUGCUUCUAUCCAGGUCUUCUUGAUUGUGUCCACGUGCUUCUUGUAUCUGGUCGCUGCCGGUCUUUUCUCAAAGGCCAUCUGGUAUUUCCAAAACAAUAACUGGAACAAGAUCGUUGGCGGUGACGCCGCCGAAGUCGGCAAUGGUCCUGGUUCUUAUGAUAUUCGCCAGAGUGUCUGGCAUGUCAAUUGCUGUGGUCCUGAGAUCAACGGUGGUGGUGGCUGGGGUGUCUUCAAUGCUCUUUUUGGCUGGCAGAACUCGGCCACUUACGGCUCCGUCAUCUCAUACAACAUCUACUGGAUAGUCAUUAUCGUGUGUUUCUUGGCCAUGAGAUAUAACGAGAAGAAGGGCCACUGGCCUUUCUUGAAGCCCAAGAAGAACCUUGAUGUUGAAGAGUGUGACGAUGCCGCAAGUGGCUCGAGAGCCGAAACCGUUGAAGUUGAUGUCGAGAAGAAAGACCAUGCGGCAGAUCGGGCAACUUCAACCAAUGUCAGGACCAUUGAGGGAUAG